AUGGUGCAUUGCCUUGUUACUUCUAAGCCUGCUGGUCACACUUUUUGGUGCAGCUUCAUUUAUGGACACUCUGAUAAGAAAGACAGGGAGGCUCUUUGGCAGGACCUUUCUCACUUUGCUACCUCAAUUUCCUUGGCUUGGGUGAUCAUGUGUGAUUUCAAUGCCAUCAUGGCUAUUGAAGAUAGGGUGGGCUCUCCUGUAAAAUGGGGGGAAAUUCAACCAAUGAGAUCAUGCAUGUCUUCUUGCAAUCUUGCCGAAGUUAAAACUAUGGGGAGACAUUUCACUUGGACAAAUAAGCAGGAUGGUGCAGCUAGAGUUUUCACUAGGAUUGAUAGGGUCCUAGCCAACUCUCAAUGGGAAGAUAUCUUCACUACUGCUGAAGCUACUUAUUUGCCAGAAGAGGAGUUUGAUCAUUGUCCAAUGAUCAUGAGCUGUUAUAGAGUGGUCCACCAGAAAAAGCCUUUUAGAUUCUAUAAUAUGUGGGUUACUUCUGAGCAUUUUAUUCACACAGUUCAGGAAAACUGGAGCAAGCCAGUUCAUGGUUGUCACAUGUUUAGGGUUAUUCAGAGACUGAAGUGGAUUAAGACUGACUUGAAACUACUUAACAAGAAUGGUUUCAGCUCAGUUGAGGCUACUGUCAUCAGAACACACAAUGACCUUGUUCUUGCACAUAAUGCACUUCAUGCUGCCCCUAUGGACAGUGUUCUAGCCUCAGUGGAGAAAGCUGCAAGUGAGGCCUACAGAACUGCUCAUCACAAUUAUCUAUCUUUCCUUCAGCAAACAGCCAAACUACAAUGGCUCCAGUUGGGGGAUGAUAACACCAGACUGUUUCAUAUGAGUAUUAAGCAUAGAAGAAGGCAAAAUAAGAUCAACUCCAUCCAUGAUCAAGAGGGUAAUUGGAUUCAGACUAGUGAUGGGGUGCAGCAAGCCUUCACUCAGUUCUACAGUUCCCUUUUUGGUGACUCCCACUAG